UUCUGUGGAGACCUUGAGUGUCGACGGUAGCGCUUGGUUUUAAUCGGUCGUAGUCUGGCCGUUUUUAGAUUUAAUUUAGAAGCCGUUGCAUCCGUGCAGGUUUGAGAAGUGUUAGUAGCUGUAGAACGAUACUAUUGGCUGUGCUAUUAUUAGUUUUAGAGCUAUUCUAUUGGCUAUAAUAUAAGUUAGUAGUUUAAGGGUUCUACUCUCAGCUGUUCCAUUGGUUAGUAGUUUAGUUAGUAGUUAAAGGGUUCGACUUUAAGCUGUCCUAUUAGUUAGAAGUUUUAGGGUUCUACUCUCAGCUGUUAGUAGUUUUAAGGGUUCUACUGUUAGCAUUACUGUUGGUUAGUAGUUUAGUUGGUAGUUUUAGAGCUAUUCUAUUACCUGUUCCAUUAGUUAGUAGUUUAGUUAGUAGUUUGAGGGUUCUACUCUCAGCUGUUCCAUUGGUUAGUAGUUUAGUUAGUAGUUAAAGGGUUCUACUGUUAGCAUUACUGUUGGUUAGUAGUCUAGUUGGUAGUUUUAGAGCUAUUCUAUUACCUGUUCCAUUAGUUAGUAGUUUAAGGGUUGUGAUCAGCUGGUUCCAUGGACGGUUUGGACGCUACCGUGUUUCUACAAACCUGGCAGCACUUUGACCCUGAAGAUAAAGGUUUCAUUGAAGACACGGAGCUGGACGGCUUCCUGCAGCACGCCUGGAAGACGACUGGGAAGCAGAGAGGAGAGGAGCCCGGGGAGGAGGAGAGGCGGGUGAGGAGCCUGCAGGGCCGCCUCCAGAGGGACCAGCUGGCAGCCAUCUUGCUUCCUGCAGAGGAGAGCUUCCUGCUUGGGUUUCGUCGGGAGACCCCUCUGGACGACAGCGUUAAGUUCAUGAGAAUCUGGAGGAACUACGACGCAGACAGCAGUGGCUUCAUAUCAGCCGCUCAACUCAAGGGCUUCCUUCAAGAUCUGCUCCUCCACCGCAGACACUCCGUCACACCCGGAAAACUGGAGGAGUACACCGGCACCAUGGUAAAGAUAUUUGACCCAAACGGAGACGGACGACUAGAUCUUAACGACAUGGCCAGAAUCCUGUCACUAAAGGAGAACUUCCUGCUCAAGUUCAAAAUGGAUGCUUGUUCAUUGGAGGACCGGAUGAGAGACUUUGAGAAGAUCUUUGCUCACUAUGACGUCAGUGGGACGGGGGCUCUGGAGGGGCCGGAGGUUGACGGGUUCGUCAGAGACAUGAUGGAGCUGGUCAAGCCCGGCCUCAGGGGAGCGGACCUAGACCACUUCCGCACGGCUCUGCUGGGCCACUGCGACCUCAACCAGGACGGGAAGAUCCAGAAGAACGAACUGGCCCUCUGCCUGGGACUCAAACUGGGUUAACACCUCCUCCUCCUCUGCUUCCUCCUCCUCCUCCACCUCCUCCUCCUCCUCCUCCUCCUCCUCCUCAUCCUCCUCCUCUCUUUGCCUGGGACUCAAACUCUGUUAACACCUCCACUGCUAGAACCUCCUCCCUCUCUCCUCCUCCCUCUCUCCUCCUCCCUCUCUCCUCCUCCCUCUCUCCUUCCUCCCUCUCUCCUCCUCCCUCUCUCCUUCCUCCUGUUCUUUCUAUCCUUCGUUCUCCCAGCCGAAGAUGUGAUGCUGGCAGUAUUAUGCUAACAGUAUUAGCCUGUUGUAGAAGGUGAUGUCAGGUUGUUACUAAGCUUGUCUUUGUGUCAAAACCUAAACGUUAGAGUUGCAAAGGGUAACAUUUCAACUAGCUCGAGCUUAAGAUAACUCUCUACUCAAAGAUAAUCUCUAGUCAAUGCUAAUCUACUCCGAUUUCAAUAACAUUAUCAAUAAAGCCACAUCCUACUGCUGAUAUAUUCUACAAAUAAAAGAUGAUGCCAGACCUAACUCUCUUUGUUUACAAGAAUUGUACUAUCGUGCCCUCCCACUCACCCUAAACCCCUCCCACUCGCCCUUAACCCCUCCCACUCCCACUAAGCCCCUCCCACUCGCCAUUAACCCCUCCCACUCACCCUAAACCCCUCCCAUUCGCCCUAAACCCCUCCUACUCGCCCUAAGACUGAAUCCUGUCGUUCGUAUGUUCAGUUGUUUUAUUUGUAUCAGUAUGUUAUUAAAUAUUUCCUUUAAAAUCAGGAUAGAUGAGUAAAGAA